UCCGCACUCUCCUCCUCCUCCUCGCCGGCCAGGCCAAGCCAGGCCCCCUUCGGAAAGGCCCGCCUCCCCCUUGUCCUCCUCCGCCGCCUCCCUCGCCGGCUUGUCCCCUCUGGCCCCGGCCGCGUCUCUGUGUAGCGGCCCCGCCAUGGCAGCGGCACUGGCGGCCUUGCGAGCGCUGCAGCGGGUCGGGCCUGGCACGGUUUCUGCCGCCGCCGCCGCCCCUUGUGCAGCUGGCUUGGCCAGGCCCUGUCGCGCCUUAGUCGGCUGCUCCCAGGCUGCCUGCGCCAAUAGCAGCAGCAGCAGCAGCCAGGCCGCCCCGGCUCGGAGGCUCAGCACCAGCCCCGCGUUGCUGCUCGCCGCCCGUCGAUUCACAGACAAGCAUGAAUGGAUAACAGUUGAAAACAGUAUUGGAACUGUAGGAAUCAGCAACUUUGCACAGGAAGCACUAGGAGACGUUGUUUAUUGUAGUCUUCCAGAAAUUGGAACAAAGCUGAACAAACAGGAUGAGUUUGGUGCUUUGGAAAGUGUGAAGGCUGCUAGUGAACUCUAUUCCCCACUCACAGGAGAAGUAACGGAAAUCAACACUGCCCUUGCUGAUAAUCCAGGACUUGUCAACAAAUCUUGCUACCAAGAUGGUUGGCUUAUCAAGAUGACUGUGGAUAACCCUUCAGAAUUUGAUGAACUCAUGAGUGAAGAUGCAUAUGAAAAAUACAUAAAAUCUAUUGAGGAGUGAUCCAAAUGUUAACAGUAAACCAAUGCAGACCAUUUUCUUCACUGUAGAUUGUCCUAAAUUAGUGGUGUACAGAAGGUUCAACUCUGAGCAGCUUAUCCAGGAAAUUUUCAAGGAAAAUAUGCUGCCUUUUAUUCAAAUUGUGCUGAUCUAUGCCCACAAGUGACUGCAAGUCAAAACAUUUUCAUUUGGGGGGGGGGUGUCUAUCUUCACUUCUAGUACAUGGUGGUUAUUGUUUUUUAGUCGAAUAAAUGUAAUUAUAGGAUGUCAAGAGUUUGAAGUUCAUAAUUACAUCUGGAGUAGAAUAACCUUUGUUCCUAAAAUAAACCUAAGCAUUGAUAAAGUA